AUGGCGGACCCCAGCGAGGCAGAGAUUAACUCUGUCUGCGAGAUGUUGGAGGCCUACGAUACGAAAGACAGGCAGAUGUUUUCCAGAGCGCUCAAGGCCAACAACGGCAGCAUCCCACAGGUGGUCAACGAAUACUUCGAAGGCCAAGAUACGAAGUUCAGGGCCAAGUAUUCAUGGGACGAGGGACAGUUCAUGGCAGACCGAGACGGCUCAAGCUUACCAAGCUUCCAGGUCCAAGGGCCGGAUCAGUACGAUUCUACUGCCAACGCAUGGGACCAAACUGGUGCGCUUCCCGCGCCGUCACGACCACCAUCCAGAGCGCAAAACAGAUCACCUCUGGGUGCACCCACGACUCAGCAGCAAGCCGACGAAGAUCUGAAUCGAGCUCUUCUCGAAUCCGCCAGCGGCGCCGCUUCCAGAGGUGCCACUCCCCAAGAAAGUGGUCUCAUCAGCAACGACCCCAGCCUUCCAUUCUUCGGCCCAGCCAACAGGGAGAACUAUCAAGACGACCAGUGGGCAAUGGUUCGUGUGAACAAGGAGGGAUCUGACCCGCCGCCAUCGGGGAGGAAACGAGAUCCUUCUGCGCCAGCCUUCCUCCUUUGCCGUCAGCAAGGUGUACAGAAAUACCGCCUUGGUCCGCUUAUGAUGAUCAAGCAUGAAAUCCCCGCAGCAAGAAACUUUUUCCUGUCUUUAGACGCUUUCGACCCGCCCGUGUCGUAUGGACACAACAACUCUUGGUGGAAGGGCGAUCCCAUACUUUCCACGAACAGCGAAUCAGCGGAAGAUUUCCCCGAAGCUUGGUCGAACGACUACCGAAGUGUCAAGCUGGAGGAUGAAAUUCAACGCUUGAUGGCUUUUCUUGACGAUACACAGCGCAGCUACGGAACCGCCGAUUCACUGUGCGAGAGUCCGCUUAUGAAGAACGUCUGGGGUGACCACGUGGUACAGUUUUAUCAGAACUUGUACCUCAAGGCCGGCUCUCAGAUUGUUCGUUCAACAAUGUGGACACUCGUUCGUUUUGAAUCAGGCGCCGAUGAAAUUCCUGCUCCAAUGACGCCACCUACGUCCGAGUUUGGCAUCCUCGAGUUUAGAGUACCGAAUGAGCUCUCGGACGUUCUUCACAGCCUUUACAGCUCAUGGGAUGCUUUGUUUUGGAUCAACCAGGACACUGAACUUUCCUGUUUCCCACAAGACGAAUCGGAGCGAACCGCGUACAUGGAAAAUCCUGCGGAAGUACUUACUAUGCGAAUCAAGCUUGAGGAUCAUCGUAUCGAGAUUCCAGAGACCUUCUACAUCGACAGAUAUCUUGAGAAGAACCUCGGCACCGCCCGUAUUUUGAAAUCGCAGAUGUUCCAGAUCUGGCAGGCGCUGGCAAAGAGCAAAGAUGCGGAGAACAAGAUCACAAAGUGGAAGGAUCCAACCAAUGCCUGGAAAGAGUACGACAAGAUUGCGCUGACCAAAAAGGUGAUCGCAAAUGUGGAGAACCAGAUUUGGAAAGUCAGGGCGAAUGCCCUGUGGAGAAAGCACGAACAAUCAGUCGGGACCGAAGAUGAGAUACCAUACCUACCCAGCGAGUUGAACCACCUUGCCGAGCUGAACGAGGACGAGAGCAAAACUGUGGAAGUGUUUGAGUCUGAGAUCGAAGUCGCACGGCGGAAGCUGGUGAAAAUCGACCAACAGCUGGCUCGUCUUGGGCAGGAGAAGGAGGCGUGUUGUAACUUGCUUCGGCAAAUGGCCGAGGUCUUGACAGUUCCAAGCGAGGAACCGGAAAUGGAUCCACAUCACAAGUACACUUUGCGAGGAGUCAUCACAUCGCCGGAAGUGGUAUACAUGUGCAGGCGAACAGAGGCCAAUCCUUCGGAGACGGAGGCUACAGGCACGAAGGUCGACCAAUGGUGGAGGAUUGCUUGGGUGGCUGGUGACGAGAAUCCUGUCAGACAGGAGGCCACAACGAUCGCCAAGGUUCAGGAAGCAAUAUUCACUGAAGUUGACACAGAUGGCUCGAAAGUACCAAUACUCGUGUAUGCGACGGACAAGGCUCUGGACGAGGAGCCGGCACCUCUAUCCGAUGCGCUUAAGACUUUCGUUAAGUUCGACAACCGCCUUUUCAAGCAAGAGUUAUUGGAAGAACCUACGCCUACAGACAAGAAGCGGAACGCGCCGCAGCUGCCAGAAUCUCCGCUAAAGAGACAGAGAAGUAAUAGCGUCGACUCGAUGGCUACGAAUCGAGCAUCUCUAGGAGACUUCAGUGACGUCGAGGAACGGGACGCGCUACUAGGAGACCAGCGACUACCGGACGACCCUUUCCAAUACGGUGACGGCACGGCCACGAUGAGCACUGAGCUUGAGGACAUGCGGUCGGUGCGAACUCAGGACCUCGCCGCGACAACGGGGGCGCCACCAUCUCCUCCAAUGUCAGCAAGAGACGAUGCAAGCGACAACGGCUCACCCGGAAUGCGAAGGUCCAGUGAGCGGCUUGCUAGGAUCUCCUUGGACGGGAAGGGCCAGGAGGGUACUACAAUAGAAAUACCAAAAGGCCCAGAGAUGGCUGAACGCGCGUCACCUGUGUCGCCUUUCAUCGUCCGGCGGCCAAACGGUACUAUCGACAAAAGGGCUUCCAUCAUGGACCAGGCCAUGGAGAUCGACGGGAGCAUGGAGCUGCCGGCAGUGAGUGGGAAUCCCGAGGACUACUACAAGUAG